AUGCGCGGAAUCUCAACGCGCAGAAGGGUAGCUGGGCCUCUGGCGGCCGGUGGCUUCUCGCCCCAGGGAAAGGAGAGUGCCCAAUACUCUGUUGAAGGAGAGAAUAGAAUACUUCUUGGAGGAGAUGGGGGUGUUAAAGCUGCCUGGACAACUCCAGAGACUUCAAAGAGAAAACUCCCCGUAAAAGCCAAUACUUUCCAAGCUGGUAAGGGAAAAGGGAUAAUGUCUGUGAAAUACCUGAGGAAUGCUCUUACAGUACAGUUGUCUGGUUGGCUUUAUGCAAGCAAUUUGCAGAGCUCUUUUCUACAUCUUAAGUCUGCAGAAAACAGGUCUUGUCUCCCCCCGCACCCCCCCGCCUUCUUGGACGUCUGUUCCAGAAAGGUUCAGGAGAAGCUGUUAUUUGUGAGAGAAAACUUACUCUGUGAACAAGCUCUUUCUGGAGACCAGUGUAUAGAAGUUCCCUACGAAGAGAGAGCCGAUUCUGCUGUUCAUGUUGUGGGUGCAUUUGAGGAUGGCCGCUUGGCCCCUAGUGCUGUGACAGAUAUGAAAUGUUUAUGUGGUGAGAGCUGCCCAGCGCUCUCAGUGGAAGAGCCCAGAGUUGGUCCACGCGAGUAUGACUGCUGCACCGGAAGUCAACAGGGGGAAACGUACAUUUUUGGCAGAAGAUACUGGGCCUAA